UUCUUUGCCGCCAAAAACCGUGAAGUACGCGGUAACUGUUAAUCACUGCUCUGCUCAAUCCAGUAAAUAACUGGUCAUCCCUUUCCGUCAGAAAAUAUGAAAGAAAUUGUGACUAUUCAAGUUGGUGACUACGCGAAUUUCAUUGGUUCUCACUUCUGGAACUUCCAGGAUGAGUUGCUGGGGCUUGCGGGGGAUCCCCAUGGCGAUCCAGUCUUCAACGAUCACGAUCUUAACAUGGAUGUGCUUUACCGAACUGGUGAGACACAACAGGGCAUCCAUACAUGUACUCCUCGCUUAGUUUCAAUAAACAUGAAAGGAUCCCUUGGAUCUAUGAGUUCACGUGGGACAUUAUAUAAUGAUGACGCAACCAUAGCAUCAGAUGUCGUCUCCUGGACCGGUAAGAUUUCUACCCAUGCUACUGAACACCAUAAAAGAAAUUUGUUCUUGCAAAGUCUUUAUGAAGAAGAUCAAAAUUUGAAUGUGGCAAAUGAGACAAAUGGUGGAAGUACUGGUUCACAAAGAGCGUAUCAGGAUAAGGACAUAGUUGAUUCUCUAGAAAAUGGUGUACAAUUUUGGACAGACUACUCAAAAGUACAUUAUCACCCCCAAAGUCUAUAUGAAUUAAGUGGAGCUUGGAUGGAUGUGGAAGAGUUUGACAAUUAUGGAAUCGGAAGGGAUUCCUUUGCUUGGACUUCGCAGGGUGAAGAAAUCAGUGACAGGCUUCGAUUUUUUGUUGAAGAGUGCGACCAUAUGCAGGGGAUUCAGUUCAUUGUUGAUGAUUCAGGAGGUUUCUCUGCUGUUGCUGUGGAGUUUCUAGAGAACCUUGUAGAUGACUAUACUAACACUCCUGUAAUGCUAUAUGCUGCCCGAGGUCCAGGUUCAAACUCAAGGCUUCAGAGCAGGAAGCAUACAAUCUCUGGGGAUCUUCAUGAUGCUGUAUCAUUUUCAAGAUUGUCAUCCUACUCUAAACUUAUUGUGCCAAUUGGUCUGCCCAUCUUAAGCUCCAGUAAAGCUUCCAAAUUCCUCCGUAUUAAUGAUGAGAAGCCUUAUCACUCAAGCGCUGUAUAUGCUGCUGCUCUGCACUCUAUUAGUCUUCCUUUCCGAAUGGCACCAGUCGGGCCUACUUCAAAUGCGUGUUCUUUUUCUGGGGCUGUUGAUGUUAAUGGAGUCAUACAAAUGUUAUCAGGGCAGGGAAGGCAGAAUAUGGUUUCAAUUUUGGAUGUUGCCAUGCCAGCACCUGCUUUGACUGGAGAUAAUGAACAGUCUUUGUUAGAGAAUUUGCAGCCAUUGACGCCACAUGUAGAAGAGGAUGUUGAAGACAUGCUAGCAGUUGAGUGCCUCACAGUUCAUGGAGCUCUUGCAUCGGCUGGUCAUCGGGCAUCAGUUUCUGAAGUAAAAGAUAUGAUUCAUGCUGCUUUUGAGCGUUCCAAUAUGAGGCCGAUGUUCUGCCAUCUAUCUGCUGCUCUUUGUCCCCUCCCUAUCCCCUUGCCUUUCCCAUCAAUAUUUGGUAACCUUGUUGGCCAGCGUGGUGAACUGAUUAGUGGUCAGAUGACUGAUGCAUCAAGGAAAGGGUCCCUUGAUGUUCAUUCCUUACCCAUGGCUGCCCGAUUACGUUCCAACAGUGCUAUCUUGCCUUUUUUGGAAACUAGAUUGCGGAACCUACGCCGGUUUGGAAUUGAGAGGGGAGCAAUUGGAGCGCAGUUACUUAGCAGUUGGGGAUUUGGAAAGGAAGAAUUGGUGGAAAUGGAAGAGAUGUUGUCAAAAAUGGUCGCAUCAUUGUCUCCUCCUCAGUUCUCAUCCGAUUCAGAUUAGAUUAGAAAACGUGCUCAGCGAAUGCAACUUUUGAAGGUGAGUUUGGGAUGGUUACAAUUUUGAAGCAUGCCAUGCUGCUUGUUCAUCCCCUUCUGCCUUGUUUGUAUCAGACUCUGUCUUCUAAGGUGUUAUCUUUAUUCUCGUCUGCGUGGUGCUUGUGCAUCUAAAUUACUUAUUUUUACCUGAAUGAAGUUACCUAGUUGUCUAUUUUCUGUU